CAAAAUUCAUCCGUCUAAAUUAGCGUGUCACUUUGUCAGCAAUUGUUUGUUGUUGUUCUGGAAAUGUUAUAUAUGUUUCGCCUUUAAUAACUGAACACCGUAUUUAAAUAUUUUAUAACAUAAAAAUGUCGACAAUCCGUCGUUCAGCAAUCUGGAAUGUGUUUACCGAAACCCAUAAAUCCGAUUUUAUAGCCACUUGUAAUUUGUGUUCUCAAGAAUUCUCUUACAGAUCAACAACUACUAAUUUAAUGAAACAUCUACAAAGAAAACAUCCCGGUGUUGAUAUAAACUCUCCUAUGCAGGAGCAGAAAACAGAUACAUUGCCAAAAGAAGUUGAAAUUGUGAUUGAAAGACAAUUGGAAAAUGCUUGUGAAGUUAAAUCGUUUAAAGUAGAAGUUCAACCAGUUCCAGAAGAUUGCAAUUAUAUUGUGUUGGAUGCAGCUAAACCAGUACCACAGCUAUGGGAUUAUUUUACAAAAAUAUCACCUUCAGAUUGUAUUGCUUCUUGUAUUGUAUGCCAUGAAGAGUUUUCUUAUAAGACAACUACCUGGAAUCUUAAGAAUCAUCUAGAUAGGAAUCAUCCAGAAUUACAAGCAGAUGUGUCUGUUGAACAAGAUCAAGUAUAUCAAGAAUCAAAUGAAGAACUUGAUCAAAACAAAAAUAUAGAUGGAAACAAGGAAGACAAAGAACAAUACCAAAAUCAAACAGAACAAGUUUUGUUAGACGAAACUAAGGUGUUUCAAAAUAUUGAUAAUAAUACAAACGAUCAGAAUCAGCAAGUAGAUAGUAAUGACGAUCUACACAACGAUUUUUGGAAUCUAGAUCAAUCCGAUGACGACGAUCCCGAUUUUAGACCAUCACCGACAUUCGAUGAAGAAGCUGACGUGAAAAAUAUAUCUUCUAAUAAAAAACGAUCGCAGAUUUGGAAUGUGUUUACCGAAAAACCGAAUUCUGAUUCUGUAGCCAUCUGCAAUGUUUGUAAUCAAGAAUUUUGUUACAGAAGCACAACAAAUAAUCUUAAAAAACAUUUUCAGAGGAAGCACCCAAAUGUUACUUUUGAUAUCAAAAUAGAACCAGUUAAAGAGGAAAAUAAUUCUUCUUUUGAUUCAACUUUACGUACUGUCAAAUCUGAAGGAGAUGAGGACGACAGAGAUUCUUCAGAUGGAAAUACGAAAAGGAAACGUUCACAAAUCUGGAAAUAUUUUACGAGAAAAAAACCAGGAGAGUAUAUAGCGACUUGCAAUAUUUGCAAGAAAGAAUUGGGUUUUAGAUCAACUACAUCGAAUUUGAAAAAACAUUUAGAUAGAAAACAUCCUAACGUUAAGAUGAAAAAUGAGGAUGAUGAAGAAAAAAAGAAUACUCCAGAGGUCCGUGUAAAAACGUGCUUGGUUUGUUUACAAAACGAUCAAACGGAACCUAGAGAAUUUUUACAAAUCAAUAAUACAAAUUCCGAAGAAGAAAAGAGUUACAUGACAAAAAUUCAAGAAAUCAUGAAUCAAUCUGUGGUAAUAGAUGAAUCGCAUGUAAUUUGUUUACCGUGUGUCGAUGAUUUGGAAAAAGUGAUUCAAUUUAAAGAAAAAGUAUCGAAAGCAUUCGAAUUUUGGAGUAAAUUAGAGUUGGAACCUGAACCUGAAACUGAUGAUAAUGAUGCAGAUAACGUUAACCAUUCAGAUUAUAGUGAUUUGGAAGAAGGAGAAACUUUGGCGAAAUUUACUUGUAGCAAAUGUAACAAAGUGUUUCAUUCUCCAUCGGUCAUGUUGAAACAUAACUGCAGCCAACAAUCUAAAAGAGAAAAAUCGUCUAUGAAGAAGGAAACUUCUCAGGAGACUUUUUACUGCGAAUUCUGCGGAAAAGCCUUUAACAUUCGAUGGAAAUUGAAUAAACAUUUAAAAAUAUGCCAAUCUAAUUCUAGUAAGCAAUUCGGUUGUAAUUUGUGUAAUAGGAUAUUUAAAAAGGCGUACCAUCUUCGAGAACACAUGGCGUCCCAUACGGGCGAACGAAACUACAGUUGCAAUUUGUGCGGAAAAACUUUCCAAAGGUCGUCGUCGAAACACAAACAUAUGCGCAGUCAUAACGCUAAACCGGGCGAAAAGUCGAAAAAAACACCUUUCCUAUGUACUAUAUGUGGUAAAAGUUUCCCUUACAGUAAUGGGGCUUCGAGGCACAUGAGGGUACAUCUAGGUGAAAGAAGACAUCAGUGUCACAUAUGUAUGAAGAAAUUCAGUCAGACUACUCAUCUAAAGGUCCAUCUUCGUACACAUUCAGGUGAAAGGCCAUAUGGAUGUAUAAUUUGCGGACGAACAUUUUCCUUAAACGCCAGUCUUCGAAAACAUAUGCGACUUCAUGUUGGUUCCGGUGAUUUUGUGAAAUUAGUAAAAAAUCUCGACACCAGUUUUCCGUCUACGGAUAUGGUAACGGAAGAUGGAUUACAAAUUCUAACAGCUGUGGCUCACGCACCUCAAGAAAUCGAUAUAGAUGGAAACCAGUGUAUCGGUUAACGAUUUUAAUAUAAUAAUUUAAUUAAUUUGCAAUUUAUAAUGUUUAUUUGAAACUUAGUUUGUUUAUAUAGUGUAAUAAAGUUGCUUUAUUUCUUAAUAUGUCUUUUAAUCAAA